UGUCGUGGAGGAGACAGAACGAAGAUGUGGGGAAGGGUUUUGGUCGAAUUCGAACGAAGAAGACGAAGAAGACGAAGUAGACGAAGCGGAUGAAGAAGUGCCGUUGGUCGCCUAGCGUUAUACUUCCUCGUCCCCCUCACACUUAUUUGCAGAGAGAGAGAUAGACCUAAGCUUCGUGUCAAGCAUGGCCAUGGCGGUCCUCCAAGGAAGCGACCAGUCUUGAAGCUCUCUCUCUCUCUCUCUCUCUCUCUCCUUCGCUGCGUCUCGAAGAAUGUGAUCGAAAGUCUUCCUUCAUGUCUACGCUGCUGGCCAGGAGGUAGUCGCUGUUCUUUACAUGCUGAAGUUUGAUGUAUUUGCCAAUACUUGUUUCGUGAGGACUUUGUUCGGGUAGGCUGCGACUGUCGGGCGGACAUUGGCGCGCUUUGGUUUUUCGUUUGUUGUCAGAUCGGGUUGACGCGAACACACAGGUGGCUGCUGUGAUCGGAGGGGUGUGAAUGUGGAAUUGUAAGCGCGAGGGGUACGAGGAGUGGCAUGGACGGAUUUGUGAAGAGGAAGAGCUUUGGAAUAGUUUUUGGGUGAAUAAUCAGGGUGUUUGAGUGGAGUUGGUAUUUGGCAAGUGCCUGGACAAAGUGGAUCGGAUGAGGGAAGGUGCAUGACAGCUCGAUUUUGGUUGGAUGGAAAUUGUGGUGAUCUGGAGUGAUCAGCAAUGGCAUUCAGCUGGGUGAUCUAGCGGAGGGAGAAGAAUUUUGCAGCUGAUGAUGAGCGUCAGCACGGGCCGACGCCGUAGUCUCGUUGCCAUUGCCUUCUGUUGAGGCCUACCUUAGUCGGCAAUGGAUGCUUACGUUUCCCCAGUUUGCAGGACUUGAUUUGGAGCACGCGGCGAAACUCCAGGCCCUUAGGCUUUACGUGCAAACAGGAAUGUGGUGUCUACAGAGGUUUCCAGUUAAAGACAUGACAUGAUAACGGAAUGAAGGGGCGCAGGAAGGGCUUAUUGGCAAGUUUGAAAGGACAGGGUAGUCAAUGUCACAAUUUGAUCUCGGUUUUAAGAAUUUUGUGCUAUUCUAGAAGGAUCUUUGCGGAGACUUAAAGUAAAAAAAAAAAUGGAGGAUUUGUUUAGCUUAAGCGAUAAGUGGAUAAAAACAGUGGCAUUCCCGAGAGUUCUAACAUGGUCAGCAUCUGGGCGUCCCGAGGUGCCAGCUCGGGCUGCGGCUGCUGCCGUGGUAGCUAGAAAAAUUGCCACUCUUCCUCCUCAUGAACGUGUGCUGCUAUCUGGGGUUCCAGAUUCUAUUUCUACAGCUCGACCUCGUGCAGAGACAGUUCAGGAGCUUGAAGAAGUUUUCUAUGAGAAUAAAUUUGAUCCUGUACGUCAUUUACUGGAGCAGAUACCGGCUGAAAAUGUCAAUCAAAGUUAUUUUGAUACCCAGGUUGGGCAGAGAUUGCUGCAGCUUGAUGUUAUCACAGAAAGCUUGUCUAAACAAGUAAUCGAGCACCAUGAAGAGAUGGUGAAAGGCAUGAAGCUUGUUAUGGAGCUGGAAAGAGAUUUGCAGAUAGCGGCCAUCAUUGUCAAGAAUGGGAGGCGACAUCUAUCGAAGGCUAUGGCUGAGGUUUCUAAGGACCUUGUAGUGGCUGCGAAUGUUAAUAAAAAGCAGACUUUAUUGGAUAUUGUUCCAAUUUUGGAACGUGUGCAUCAUGCUUUGAAUAUUAAAUCAUGCCUUGAUAGUGUGGUGGAUGAAGGAGACUUUUCUAAAGCUCUGCAUAUGUGUUCAGAGUGCCUAUUGCUGCUGGAGGAAUGUCCAGAGCUGGCAGCUGUUCAAGAAAUGAAUCAAAGUAUUGAGGAAUGGUUGCAGAGGACCAUUACUAAAGUAGAUGCGUUGCUUAUGGAAGUUUGUCGAACGUUUCAGGCUGAGAAGUAUAAAGUUGUUAUUAAUGCUUAUACUUUACUGGACGAUGUCACUAGUCUUGCUGACAAGGUACAAAGCUUCUUCGCGCAAAAUGUUGUCACAGAAACGUAUGAUGUGCUCAAGAACCUGCUAUUUGAGGGAGAAGAUGGAGAAGCUGCAUCUAUUAAAAACAGACUUCCUUAUCGAGACUUGUGCAUGCGACUCCCCGAGGCAAAAUUCAGAAUUUUUUUGUGCAAGACCCUUGAAGUUCUAUUUGACCUCAUGUGUUCUUAUCACACAAUGAUGACAUGGCAUCAAAAACCAGAGUCAGCUGAGAUUAAAGAUCCUAAAGAAGAUCUUAGAUUAGCAAUUCGCUCAAACGGAAACGACCUCCACCGUCGUUCUGGUAGUCAUGGGGAUUUGAACCAUAUUAUCCGAGAGAGCAGACACGUCCGCACAGGAUCGCACUCCGGGGAGCUUUUUGCUAUACCCAUGUCCCCAACAUCUGUGCAUGCAAGCAGGCUGUUGUCUCGAAGUGGAUCUAGAAGGAGAUUUAUUCCUGACCACGCAGAAGCAUAUGAAAAUAACACUACUGCAAGUGCGGAUUUAGACUCGCAAAUUCUAGAAGAAAAUGGAACCAGUGACGAUCUUGCCAAGCGAGAGGAAUUGGUAAUAGUGACCGUUGCAAGGGCUUUAGAACGUGGACGAAAGACAGUCUGGGAACUGGCGGCUCGUCGUGUGGCAGCGUUGCUUUCAAACGAUGCAGUAUGUCGAACAAGUCCGCAUCAGUUUUUGCAAAGCCUGGACUGGGUGAACAAGUUCAUUCUUGCUGGGGAGGCGUUUUGUGGCGCUGAAGCUGUAUCUUUGAGAACUAAGCUUACUAAGCAGAGCGAACAGUAUUUUGGAGCGUACCACUGUCAAAAUCUUGAAAUUUUGCGAAUGAUUGUUGAAAAGGAGUUGUGGCAACCCCUCUCAUCAUUGGCGCUGAAGACAGUGAAUCUAGCAGGUCUUACAGGCUAUGGUGCAUCCUUAGUUCGCGCAUCUGUGUCAGGUGAAAGUCCUGGAGCUCAUCAAGGAUCCAACAGUCUUAACUCUGGUAUCGAAAAGAUCGGCUUUGCAGUCUGGCUUCAAAAGGGAAAUCCAUUUGCCGAAAAAGCAUUGCAUGAUUCUGCUAUCACGAAGGUAGUGGACGGAGAUGCUGUGAAGGUCAAUGGUAAUGGCAAAGUAGGUCUUGUGGCGAAUGGUUCCGUGACAGUUGAAGAUGAUGAAGAUGAGGAAAAUAAGGAUCUGCUAGCGGAUUUUAUAGAUGAGGAUAGCCAGCUGCCAGGUUGCUUGUACAAUAAUUUUCGAAAAAAUAUAACUGCGGUUCAUUCAAAGAGGGACCAAAGUUCUAAUGCUGACAAAAGUCUGAUACUUACCAAUUCUUCAGUGAAUAUCCUUAGGUACAUGGACAAGUAUGCAAGAUUGAUGCAGAUUAUGCAGCCAAUUGCUGCAGAUGUGUUCAAGGGUCUGGGUCAAUUGUUCGAAUUGUAUUUUUUUUCUAUUUUUAAGACCUUUGGACAGCGAGAAGCGUUUGGAGGUAGUCGAGGUCAAGAAUCAUACUUACUGACUCCUCGACUGCGAGCCACUCUGUUAAGGAUAUCACAAGGAUUAGAGGAGCAGCGUUUGAAACGAUCCACAAGCGCGGGUAGCCAGUCUCAAACACCACAUACUAGUGCUGUACCCGCACUAACCAAUGCAGCUGGCAUAGAAUCAGAUGCGUCACCAAAUCAUGUGUUUGGAGCCGCUGAAAUUAUGAUGGUCCCUACCAACUUAUAUGCUAUAAAGGAACGCAUAGUAGCAACGGAGUCACUGAUCAGUCUUUCGCAAAUGUUGAAGAAGUCACGGCCAUUGUUGCAGGCUAUGCUAGCUCAAGAUUCGUCAGCUUCUGUUGAAUUCUUUUAUACUCGAACGAUAGAUGCAGUGCCGGAUUUGAGAGACCAUGUGUUCAAGGCUGUUGCACGGAUGCUCCUCAACAUAAGCGGUUAUAUUGAGCGCAUAGCAAAUGUGAAAUGGGAGCUCAAAGACUUGGGAAUGGAACACAAUGGAUACGUAGAUUGUCUACUGGGUGCGUACAAGCAGUACUCGACGAAGUUGGGUUACGGUGGUGUCGAAGAAGAGAUGCACGAGCUUUUGUUAGAGUAUGGAGUGGACACGCUCGCUGAAACUAUCGUGGAAGGAUUUUCACGUGUACGAAGGUGCAAUAAUGAGGGUCGUGCUUUGAUGUCCCUUGAUCUCCAGGUGCUCAUAAAUGGCUUGCAGCAUUUAGCGCCCCCAAGGCUGAGGUCCAACUUGCAAAUUGUAGAAACUUACAUUAAGGCAUUCUAUUUACCUGAGACUGAGUACUUGCACUGGGUCAAAACACAUCCUGAGUACACGAAGUCGCAAGCUAUUGGGCUAAUCAACCUUGUGGGAGCUGCUAAUAACUGGAAGAGAAAAACUAGGGUUGAUUUGGUAGAUAGGAUUGAGGCUGGUGACCUUUGAUGAAUCUUGAUUCAAAAAAAGUACCUGAAUCUAAAAUUAGCAGAUUACAGCGUUAAGUUAUUCUUUAUUUCCCUGGUGCAUGAGGUCAUUCAGAAGGGCUUCAGUUACAAGGUGUUUCUCCCUGAACCCGAACUUUGUCCUUGGAUACCUCCAAAUGAAUACACGGGGCAAAUUUUCUUAUUCACUCUCGUCUGGUAGAAGCUCAGGGACGCUUUGCCUAAUCAAAUGUUAAGAAGCUCAGAGCCAGUAAUUUGUUGCAACUUA